UCACAGUAGUCAGUCAUUUCAACUCGUGAUUCCUCGCAGCCGCCACUCUGGAGUCGACAGUCGCCACUCGCCAGUAAGGUGUUGGCAGCUGGCGUGGAAGGAACACAACAAGUUCGUUUCCGAAGUCUUACUUAACUACCAGUUCGUGGACAGAUCACCAUGGUGAAGGUGACGGUAGAGUAUUGUGGGGGAUGAGGGUACCGACCCCGCUAUGAGGAGCUGGCCAGGGUCAUCAAAGCCAAGGUUCCUCAGGCGGAGGUCACUGGCUUCGUUGGUCGCUCAACUUCUUUUGAAGUUUGUAUAAACGACAUAGAAGUCCACUCUAAGGUACGGACUAUGGCCUUCCCUGACUUUGAUGAGUUGGCUGAAAUUACCAGUGAUGUCGACAAAGGAAAUCCCGUCCGGCAGGUUUCUAAGACUGAGUCUGGUGGCUGCCAAAUCAUGUAGAGCAGGCUCUUUUGAAGUUACCGUGAAUGACACCCUCAUCUUCUCCAAGCUUGAGCGUAAAGCUUUCCCUGACUUCGACGAGAUUGUUGAUGCUGUGAUUGCUGUUGAAGGUGGUGGAAGUCCAAAAACCAUUAAGAGGGUGCAAAAAUCAAAUUGCAGCAUCUUAUAAAUUCACAUGAGAUGCUGAUUACAGGAAUGUACCAUUUGGCAAGGAAUGUGGUGGGCGAUGAUGCUUAAUGAAGGGAACUGUUUAAACUUAGGACUUUUCUCGGAAAAAUGUUAGUAUUAUUGCUCAGCAUAUUUUUCCUCUUGGAUACAUCUUACAAAAUUCAUGACUAAUCAUUUUAUGAAAAAUAUUUCCAACACUAAUUGUUUUAUGAAAAAGAUUUCCAACACUAAUUUUGAUUACCUUUGUCUUUAUUGUACCAUAAAAUAAUUUCAUUUGAACUGUGUAAGUAACAGGAAAGAAUGUAAAGGAUGUUAUACUACAACAUUUUAUAACAAAGUUUUUACACCAUUUAAUGUCAUCUUUAACAGAAUAAAAAUGUCACCAUUAUCUAAAA